AUGGAACCGGGGCCCACGGCGCCCUCCUCCGGCGCGCCGAGGCUUCCCGGGGUCGGGGAGACGCCGCCAGCUGCCGCGCUGGCCGCCUCCGGGGUGGACCUGCCCGGCACGGCCGUGCCCUCAGCGUCUGAGGAUGCUGCGGCCGCGAGCCGGGGCGGCGGCGGGGUCCGCGGGGAGGGCGCCGCGGCGGCCGGGGAUGGACUGGGCAGACCCCUGGGGCCCACCCCGAGUCAGAGCCGCUUCCAGGUGGACCCGGUUUCAGAGAACGCCGGGCGGGCUGCGGCGGCCGCGGCAGCUGGUGCCGGGGCUGGGGGCAAGGAGAUCCCAGCGGACGGGAAAGCUAGCGGCGAAAGCGGGCCAGGCAAAGGCAGCGAGGAAGCCAAGGGCCGCUUCCGCGUAAACUUCGUGGACCCGGCUGCCUCCUCAUCGGCCGACGAGAGCCUGUCGGAUGCGGCGGGGGUCGGAAGCGACGGGCCCAACGUGAGCUUCCAGAACGGCGGGGACACGGUGCUGAGCGAGGGCAGCAGCUUGCACUCGGGCGGCGGCGGCAGUGGACACCACCAGCAUUACUACUAUGACACCCACACCAACACUUACUACCUGCGCACCUUCGGCCACAACACCAUGGACGCCGUGCCCAGGAUCGAUCACUACCGGCACACCGCAGCGCAGCUGGGCGAGAAGCUACUCCGGCCCAGCUUGGCUGAGCUCCAUGAUGAGCUUGAAAAGGAACCUUUCGAGGAUGGCUUUGCCAACGGGGAAGAAAGUACUCCCACCAGAGAUGCUGUGGUCACAUAUGCUGCAGAAAGUAAAGGAGUUGUGAAGUUUGGCUGGAUCAAGGGUGUAUUAGUACGUUGUAUGUUAAAUAUUUGGGGUGUGAUGCUCUUCAUAAGAUUGUCGUGGAUUGUGGGUCAAGCUGGAAUAGGUCUGUCGGUUGUUGUAAUUAUAAUGGCCACUGUUGUGACAACUAUCACAGGAUUGUCAACGUCAGCAAUAGCUACUAAUGGAUUUGUACGAGGAGGAGGAGCAUAUUAUUUAAUAUCUAGAAGUCUAGGGCCAGAAUUUGGUGGUGCUAUUGGCCUGAUCUUCGCUUUUGCCAAUGCUGUUGCAGUUGCUAUGUACGUGGUUGGAUUUGCAGAAACUGUGGUGGAGCUUCUUAAGGAACAUUCCAUACUUAUGAUAGAUGAAAUCAAUGAUAUCCGAAUUAUUGGAGCCAUUACAGUGGUAAUCCUUCUAGGUAUCUCGGUAGCUGGAAUGGAGUGGGAAGCAAAAGCUCAGAUUGUUCUUUUGGUGAUUCUACUACUUGCUAUUGCUGAUUUCGUCAUAGGAACAUUCAUCCCGUUGGACAGCAAGAAGCCCAAAGGUUUCUUUGGUUAUAAGUCUGAAAUAUUUAAUGAGAACUUUGGACCGGAUUUUCGGGAGGAAGAGACUUUCUUUUCUGUAUUUGCCAUCUUUUUUCCUGCCGCAACUGGGAUUCUUGCUGGAGCAAAUAUCUCAGGUGAUCUUGCGGAUCCCCAGUCAGCCAUACCCAAAGGAACACUCUUAGCCAUUUUAAUAACUACCGUGGUUUACAUAGGAAUUGCAGUAUCUGUAGGUUCUUGUGUUGUUCGAGAUGCCACGGGGAACGUAAAUGACACCAUUAUAACAGAGCUAACAAACUGUACUUCUGCAGCCUGUAAAUUAAACUUCGACUUUUCAUCCUGUGAAACUAGCCCUUGUUCCUAUGGCCUAAUGAACAAUUUCCAGGUAAUGAGCAUGGUGUCAGGAUUUGCACCAUUAAUUUCUGCAGGUAUCUUUUCAGCCACUCUUUCUUCUGCAUUAGCAUCCCUUGUGAGUGCUCCCAAAAUAUUUCAGGCUCUAUGUAAGGACAACAUCUACCCAGCUUUCCAGAUGUUUGCUAAAGGUUAUGGGAAAAAUAAUGAACCUCUUCGUGGCUACAUCUUAACAUUCUUAAUUGCCCUUGGAUUCAUCUUAAUUGCUGAACUGAAUGUUAUUGCUCCGAUUAUCUCUAACUUCUUCCUUGCAUCCUAUGCUUUGAUCAAUUUUUCAGUGUUCCAUGCAUCACUUGCGAAGUCUCCAGGAUGGCGUCCUGCCUUCAAAUACUACAACAUGUGGAUAUCACUGAUUGGAGCAAUUCUUUGCUGCAUAGUGAUGUUUGUCAUUAACUGGUGGGCUGCAUUGUUAACAUACGUCAUAGUCCUUGGGCUGUAUAUUUAUGUGACCUACAAAAAACCAGACGUGAACUGGGGAUCCUCUACACAAGCUUUGACGUACCUAAAUGCUCUGCAGCAUUCAAUUCGUCUUUCAGGAGUGGAAGACCAUGUGAAAAACUUCAGGCCACAGUGUCUUGUUAUGACAGGUGCUCCAAACUCGCGCCCAGCUUUACUUCAUCUUGUUCAUGAUUUCACAAAAAAUGUUGGGUUGAUGAUCUGUAGUCAUGUACAUAUGGGCCCUCGAAGACAAGCCAUGAAAGAGAUGUCCAUUGAUCAAGCCAAAUAUCAGCGGUGGCUUAUCAAAAACAAAAUGAAGGCUUUUUAUGCUCCAGUACAUGCAGAUGACUUGAGAGAAGGUGCACAGUAUUUGAUGCAGGCUGCUGGUCUUGGGCGUAUGAAACCAAACACACUUGUCCUUGGAUUUAAGAAAAAUUGGUUGCAAGCAGAUAUGAGAGAUGUGGAUAUGUACAUAAACAUAUUUCACGACGCCUUUGACAUACAAUAUGGAGUAGUGGUUAUCCGCCUAAAAGAGGGUCUGGAUAUAUCUCAUCUUCAAGGACAAGAAGAAUUAUUGUCGUCACAAGAGAAAUCUCCCGGUGUCAAGGAUGUGGUACUAAGUAUGGAGUACAGUAAAAAAUCGGAUUUAGAUACUUCCAAGCCAUCUGAUGAGAAAAGUGUUAGACACAAAGAUGAGGAAGAGGAUGGCAAGACUCCAACUCAACCACUGUUGAAAAAAGAAUCCAAAGGCCCUGCUGUGCCCUUAAAUAUAGCUGACCAGAAGCUUCUUGAAGCUAGUACACAGUUUAAGAAAAAACAGGGAAAGAAUACUAUUGAUGUCUGGUGGCUUUUUGAUGAUGGAGGCUUGACCUUAUUGAUACCUUACCUUCUGACUACCAAGAAAAAGUGGAAAGACUGUAAGAUCAGAGUAUUCAUUGGUGGGAAAAUAAACCGAAUAGACCAUGACCGGAGAGCGAUGGCUACUUUGCUUAGUAAGUUCCGGAUAGACUUCUCCGAUAUCAUGGUCUUAGGAGAUAUUAAUACUAAACCAAAGAAAGAAAAUAUUGUAGUAUUUGAUGAAAUGAUUGAGCCGUAUAGACUUCACGAAGAUGACAAAGAACAAGAUAUUGCUGACAAAAUGAAAGAAGAUGAACCAUGGCGAAUAACAGAUAAUGAGCUUGAACUUUAUAAGACCAAGACUUAUCGGCAGAUCAGGUUAAAUGAAUUAUUAAAGGAACAUUCAAGUACAGCUAAUAUCAUUGUCAUGAGUCUCCCAGUUGCGAGGAAAGGUGCUGUGUCAAGUGCUCUCUAUAUGGCCUGGUUAGAAGCUCUAUCAAAGGACCUACCGCCAAUUCUCCUAGUCCGUGGGAAUCAUCAGAGUGUCCUUACCUUCUAUUCUUAAGUGUUCCAACACAGUGGACAGCCCUCCAGAUGGUACUUCAGUGCCCAAUGGAGUAACUGAAAUCUUCAGUGACACAUUAACAUCCCAAUGGCAAACUGUGACUUUUCUUUCACUAUUUCAUUAAUUUGAAAGCACACAGGGAAGUUGCUCCAUUGAUGUGUGUGUGGAGACUUCAGUUUUAGUCAAAUCUGUAUUUCAAUCUGAAUGAAUGAUGGUGAUUCCUUGUUGGACUGAAGCUCAUGAGAGUAAAGUUUUCCUUUGCUA